AUGAAGAAGGUUCUCUCCAUUCUCAAUAGCUCCAUUCUGACUAGCGCUACGGAAUCAUGGUUGAGCUUUGGCUCAGUCUUCAUGGACAUUUACCCCAAAUGCAUCUUUCUGAGUGUACUAGGGCUGCUGGUUUUGUACCUAAGGUACCUGAGAGUGAAACCCUUCUUACCCGCACAGACCAGCCAAGGAAUCAGGAAGCAACAAGGCAGAGCUAAGAAGGAAAGAAGAGCAUCAUUUAACGAAUUCAGACGCUUCCACGGAGAAGCACAGGAGCGGAGGAAGCUGCAGUCUGUUGUGCAAAGCUCCUAUGGACAGCUCUACGACCCCUCCUACUUCCGGCAAGCGCUUUGUCGGGAUCCUGGCUGUGACGUGUGCAAUGGAGCAACCAUGAAGGUCAGACGACUGCUAUCAUGGGCCAGCCUAGAAGACUGCUCUACCUCUGCAUCCAGCAUGGCUUCCACAGCUUCCGUGACUGAGACCUCAUUCAGUCUCUCUUCUUCCCUCUCCCUCUCCCAAAGCACUUCAGGAUAUCAGAUCUCAUCUUUAUCAGUUGCACCUUCUCCCCCUCCUCCCUCCAUUCUCUCAACUAACAAGCUCGUCCCCUUGGAAGACAUCCUUUUGGGCACACCGCAGGAUGACGUUCUGUCACCAGACCCUACUCUCACAAGCACUAGCUUCCCACUGGAUCACAUCCUACCUCCUCCACUUCCUAAGUCUCCUUCUGUGGCACAGCCUGCCACUCAGCAAACAGAAGGGCCUUUAGGACCGGAAAACACUCUGUCCUUGGCUGGCAGCCAUGGUGACCAGUUUCUCGAUGCUUGCGAUGCCUUGCCAGAGUCCUACCAGCAGCAGAAUGGUGCUCAGAACGCCUCCCCAUCCCAGUUAAAAUGCUUAGUUAACCAAGAGAUAACCAACCACCACUCUUCUGAAGACUUUUGGGGAAGACAAGCCUCAUCCCAUUUCACAGUGCCUGAAAACCUCCUGAAAAUGCUUGAGACACAGGAGGAAGGUCAGACUGACGUUCUCACACCGGAGGGUGGGGAGGUAGAAGCAGAGCCUUUCCAAAAGACACUUGCAGUUUGGGAGAAAAAGCCAGAGCCAGCUACUGAGCUACAGAACUCAGGAGACUCCUUUCCUCUGGGGGGCAGCAGAGCCUUACUCAGCGAGCUGUGUACUCAGCAGGGGCUUGCUCAACUGCAGACCUCUGGAGGCCAGUUAGAGGCCAUGCCCACGCAGCACUUCUGGGGCCUCCCUUAUCUCCACAGCGAGUCCAUGAGCUGUAUCACUACAAUGUCCUCUCACUGCUCCUCCAUGUGCAUCUGGUUUAACAGAACCACAGACUCCCCGGCCCUGGAUCCCCCAGCACCUCUGCCCUUGCCUGAAACACAACCACAGACCUUGACUCAAUCUCAGUCCCAAAGCAUCCAGCUUGCCACACCCCAGGCCCAGCUUCAAACAAUCCCAGUGUCAUCACCUUCCUCUCAAUCUCAGGUUAGGGUUUGCGGUGUGUAUUUUCGCAGAUCCCAGGAGACAAAAACUCUAUUGCAGUCUGAAAUCCACCACCUAGAGUACGACAUGGCAACAAAAGAUCAGGAGAGGGCACGGGCUUUACCGUCUGCGGUCCAAAAACCUCAGGAAGAAAUCUGUCUCCUUCCUUAUAAGUCUUCCUUGGCCAUACAGUCCUCCAAGAUCCAAACUCCCAGGUCCGUUCCCCCUAGAGACUUCCCCCUGACUGAUGGAUUCCAGAAGAAGUUUGAGCAACACCUUCGAAAGAGGCUCGUCCUUCAUCGCUGGGGCCUGCCUCAGGGGAUCUAUAAGUCUCAGCUGUGGGUGACUCCUGACCCUCCAGAAUUAUCUAUGAGCAGCUAUGAGCUCUCUGGCUUUAAGCAAGAAAAUGAGAAAGACCAGCCCAACACUCUGUCGAACCAAUCUGGAAGCCCCCAAGAACGGCGCUCAGAGUCUGUCUCUAUAGAGAGAAAAACAGUAAAGACACAAGAACAGACUCUAGAAAUUAUCCAAAAAUAUAUCUGCAGUAACUCCAAGACUGCUCUAGACAAUGGCCUGCCAUCUGACCAUGAGAUAAGCCUACAGGAUCAGUCAGACAGUCUGUCAGACAAACCUUCAGAGGCCUCACAGGUAAGCCUAUAUCAGAAAAAAUUUGAAACUGUCCCAAAAGAACAUUUGAAAACCCAUGUCGAUGGAACCAACGAGGAUCAGGUCCCUGUCACUAUGUCUAGAUCAGAAGGGCAUCGUCCUCUCCAUUUUAACUCCUGUGUGGUCAAGGAAGAGAACAAGCCUGAGAGACAGUCACCUUCUGAUGACAAGGAUGAGCAAGUCAAGAGCAUACACAGAGUUACAGUGUCCAGUGUGCAGGAGACAUCUGUGGUCUUUGACACCACAAUCCUGGAGGAGUCAGAGGCUAAAAGACCCAGCCCAGAUGUGCCCAAAAUGUUGGCUGAGGCUGGCCCUGUGCCAUUGGGUAAAAGCCUAAGUUCUAGUAAAAUAGUCCCAGGCCCUCAAGGAACAAAGAUGGAUGACAAACAUGUAUUUGUAUCCAACAAGGUCAGUCACAUAGUCAAAGGAGAACAGCUUGACCUUCAACCACAACCUACCAAGAUCUCCAAUGCCAGCCAGUGGGAGCCUGCGGAAGAGGCAGAUGGGAAUACACCAAAAGCACAGAAUAUCCUGUUAGUUGGAAGGGCCCUGGAAAGAGUAUCAAGUUCCCAGGAAAGUCAGGCAUCUGACUUUAGUUGUCAGGUGUCCACGGAAGAGAGUUUUAAAUCAGAAAGUAGUCAGCCCAUCCAAGCUCCAGACUGCCUCAAAGACGUGCUCCGUGUCUCAGAUAAAUUCGCUUACAAACCUUUAGUCAUUCAUGACCAGAGCCCUUCCAGUGCUCCCAUGAAUGCUAUUCAGGUGCAGCAACCGGAGCCCUGGAUCCCUGCUCACGCCUUAGGCAAGGGCCUGAGCAAGGACACCCCUCUAACUGCCAGGAAGUUGUGGACCGCAGCACGGAAAACAGAAGAGCUUGCUACAGGGGUUGCAGGGUCCGAGACAUUACAACCCAACGGGAAGAGUUACCAUGUACAGGACAGCCCAACCCAGGGGAGUCACGGGAAAAGGCCUAUCUCAUCGCUGCCAGUGAAGGCUAUGUCUCCACCUGAACAUCAAUUCCGGAAGCACGUGAAACACUUUUUCCAGUGGCUUUCUCCUGACAGAAAAUGCAAAGGGCAGGAAGCACUUCUGAAAAAGGAUGCUUUCCCAUCCUCGCCAGCUCAAGACUCGGAACUAAAGGGAAGAGCUACCUUUCCUGGGAACACUGUAGCUCAGAAAGCCAUGAGAGACUUUGGGAAGGUCCCCAAGGAGCAACUGGGGCACAGGCAUGGUGCGGCAGAUACCACGCGCCCUCGCGUGUCCUUAUCUCCGCCCACUAAGCCUGUGAAAACUAAGCCAAAGACAGAACCAGUCCCGGGACGCCAGUUCUACCCCCAAGCACCCCUUUCUAAAGUGCCAAGUCCCAGGUUCCACAAUCAGGCCGCUGGUUUUGUUGGUCAAAAGAGAUGUACGGCGGAAAGGGCCAGACCGCCCCAGAAAUGUGAGGCUUUACAGCCGCGCCAACCUGCGCCCCUCAGAGAGUCAGAACUGCGCCAAAGCCUCCUGCUGAGGAGUCGAGCUGGAAAAGUCCCUCGGGGCACGCCUCCCUUUGCUGUAGGCACUAUGUUGGCAGACAUGUCCCGGUUAUGUGAACAGAAAAUCCUGGCUCAGAAUUUCAGUGGAAAAAGUUUUGUUCCCCAGAAAUAA